AUGGUUCGAGAUCCCAUAACAGAAGGGGGAGACACAGCUCUGCACAUUGCAGCUGCUACGAAUCACCCCAACUUCGUAAGAGAACUGCUGAAAUUGAUGAAAAAGGAAGAAUUAGAAAUUAAAAACAAAUAUGGACAAACAGCGCUUUACUUGGCUGCGGCAUCAGGAAAUGUGAUAAUUGCAGAGGAGAUGGUGGAAAAGAAUAAUAAACUAACUUUGACCCACAUAGAAUCAGGAAAAAGGAAAUUUACACCACUUCACAUAGCUGCUCUGCUGGGACAUAGAGAAAUGGUGUCGUUUCUAUUCGCGGAGACUUCUUUUGAAUAUUUGUCUCCUGAAGAACGCAUUGAGCUUCUUGUUGCUACUAUUUCAAAUGAUUUGUUUGAUAUAGCAUUGAGAAUUAUGAAAAUGGAUGUACAAUUAGCAAUCGCCAAGGAUAUAUAUGGAAAGACUGCAUUGUAUGAAUUGGCUAGGAAACCAUUUGCAAUUGGCAGCAAAAGUCAGCUAUCAGUUUCAAAACGAUGCUUAUACUCCUAUAAAUCCGGGUUGGAAUAUACAGGAGGGAUUAGCUCAUCUGGCAAUAUCACUAAAGAAGUGAAGUUUAUAAAGGCCAAAAAGUCAGUUGAAGUUGGCCUUACUGCUGAGAAGCCCAAGAUAGAGGAGAAGAGGAAUGUGGAGAAACAACAGAUGGUGAACAACCCCCGUAAUUAA